AUGGUUAAUGGACGGAGAAUGCCUGUAAUAGAUCGCACAGUGUUGGAGGGUCAGAGUAUAAUGCUGACUUGUGUUCUUAACUGUGCUGUGGAUCUGAACUCCAACCCAGGCUACAUCUGGUUCAAGGACAGACAACAAUUAACUAACACAAGUGAAAAAUCACCUUCUCUGUUUUUGGACCCAAUUCGUAAUGAAGAUAGCGGCAAAUAUUCCUGUGCUAUGAUUGGCUAUGAAAACCUCCCAUCAUCCCCUGUCAAUCUCACAGUCCAAACAAGCCCAAGAAAAACCUGGAACAUCGUGAGCAUGGAUGGAAACCCUGGUGGAGGAUCAAAGAAAGGCAGUGAAGCUACACUGACACAUGGCUGUGAUGUUCAGAGCUCCACAGACCAACACCUGAACAACUGUCAGGCACACAGAGGCAAAAGCAUAUCUACAUUCUCUACCAUGCUGUUAACCUGUGUUAGUGCAGGAUUGGUUGUUUCGAUGAUGGUGACUAUUCUCACCCUCAGAAUGAAGAAGAGGAGCAAUUUUCGUUCAGCCCCUCACACUCCAAGACACAUGAAUGACCCAUAUGUAGCCCUUGAUAUCAGCCAGAUGUCAGUAGAAUAUGACACACUGAACUCAGUGAGACAAUGCCCGACUGCUGAUACAAGCUAUGCUAUUUAUGAGAACUUACCAAAACACGAGUAUGCAACCGGAUGAAAUGAUGUUUAUACACAUGGUAGUCAAUCCAGUGAAAUCUGUGUGAAGUUUAGAUUACUGUAGUUUUUCUCUGUCUGUCAUGUUUUGUGUUUUUUCAAUGUUACUUAAUUUAAUCCU